ACUCUCAAAAUUUUCCUCCAAUUACUCAGUAAUGUGUUGUAAAGUGUCCGAUCGAGAUCGGACGUUUGUGAUUUAAAACGGUAAUUUUAAAAUUAUUAAAUAAAAUUAAAAUUUGUCUAUUUUACAUUUCUCAUAAAAUCAAACCGUCAUAAAUAUCGUGAUUGCGUGAUUGUCUGGAAAUUCUAACCAUAGAAAAGUCUAACCAUAGAGAAAAGAAUUAGAAAAGAGCUUCUUCAACCCAAACGCAACAAACCCUGCCGUUUCGACGUUUUAAAGCGAUCAAACUGAAAAAAGAGAAUAUUUAAUGGGAGCCGCGCAAGUGCAAAACGGCGUCGCCGCUUCUCCAUCCUCCGCCUUGAACCAAGCAACAGCGACUGCAACAACAGCAGCAGCAGCAACAGCGUGUGAAGUGUCGAAUGCGCCGAAGAAGAAGAAAAUCUGCUGUGCUUGUCCUGACACGAAGAGGCUUCGGGAUGAGUGCAUCGUGGAGAACGGAGAAGACGCUUGUGCCAAAUGGAUCGAAGCUCAUCGACUCUGUCUCCGAUCCGAGGGAUUCAAUGUUUGAGAAUCGGUAUUUUUAUUGGAAUAAUAAGAACUACACUUUUUGUUGUUGUUGAAAUUAGAUAACAGGUCAAAAUAAAAUUUCAAGGGAUUUAGGGUUUAUCAAAUUUUGCUUAAAAUUCUUAAUUUAUAUACGCCUCCUGUAUUCAGGAAAUUGGGAUUUUUAGACCUAAUACACCAUAUUCUAUCAAAAUGUUGGUCCAUUUAAUCUGAUAUAA